UAACAGCAAAUACUUGUUUUGCAAACAUGGCGUCUCGUUCCAAAAAAUUCGAAGACCUAGACCUUUCAAAAGACGAAGUGAAGAAAUUAGGAGAAGCUUUGAAAAAUGAGGAAUUUCGAAAGUUAUUCGUUGAGUAUGCAGAGGAGAUUUCCGAUCCUGAAAAUAGGAAACGAUACGAGGAAGAAAUCCGACAACUCGAAAAUGAAAAGGGUAUGGACGUGCAAUUUAUCCACCCGACGCCCGGACACGUGCUAAAAACCAGCGUCGAUGGCAACAAAAAGGUAUUCAUUAACAUUUGUCAGUCUGAUAAACUUCAAACGCCAGUGUCGCAUCCCGAGGUCAAUAAUGAUGGACGUCGUGGUAUUCAUUGGCAAAUCCCACAUUCACACGUUCCUCCGAGAGAGGAUGUUGACAAGUCAAAAGAGAAAUGCCAAGUGUUUGACGUUGUUUUCCAUCCCGACACCUAUCGCAUGGCUGAGAAUGACAGGUUCCGAAAGCUUGUCGAAGACACUGCAAUCGAUGGCAUCGAGAAUCAGUUUGGUUUGAAAGUUGACAGGGUCAAUAUGAAAAGAAUGAUCAACAUGAAAUACAAAGGUGUGCCAACAGCAUCUAUUAUUCGGACAAGGACAAAGGAUGGACCAAAAAUAGGAAAGGAUGAUAUUAUAAAUAGCAUGCCUUACCCUUAUAAUGACCAAACAAGUCAGGAGAAGGCUGAAAAAAUGGCAAAUGAGGUGAAGGCAAAGAAGAAAAGUACCAAAACUGUUAAGUUUGAUGAUUCCCAAGAACCAAAAUACACGAUAAUUCAUCGCUCAGACAUGGAUUUGCAAGAAUACAGAAAUUCUCCAGACUCACGACCAAGUACUAGACCAAAAGAGCUGGAAAUAAAAAUAUUUUUGCCGCUUUUGUCAUCAGCUAGCCAAGUUGACCUGGAUGUGUUUGAACAGAAGCUUGCUCUGAAAUCGGAGGACCCAGCAAAAUACAAGCUUGACUUGAAGUUGCCUUACCCAGUUGACGAUGACCAGGGGAGUGCCAAAUUUGACAAAACAAAUAAAUGCCUUGUAGUAACUUUGCCUGUCAUCCCUGAUAAAGUACCGGAGAUGCCAAACUUUGACAGAAAGAAUGAUGAAGUAAAUGGUGUUGCUAAUGGAGUGGACGAUUCUGAAGGUGUUGUCCCGCCUCUAAUUCAGGAAAUCUCAAAUAGCAAAACCGUAACGACAGAAGUUUCAGCUGAAACAAAUGAUGAACCUCCUCCUUUAGAGGAUUUUACUGAAGAAGAUACAGAAACUACCAGUUUGAUUGAAAAUGAGGCCUCAAAACCCCCCAUUCAACAACCUAAAGCAAUGGACAUCUCAUAUUCAUUUCCUGAUUUUAACUUCAAUCAAGAUCAAGGUGCCAUUUCCUUCAUCCUUUCGGUCAGAAAUGUGAAAAUCGAAAACAUAUCAAAAUCAUUUGAUUCAAAGAACAUGAUGCAACUUACUUUGGUGUCGGUCGGGGAUGGUGGUUUUCCUUUGCAUUACAGUUUUUGUGUAAAGUUUGCAGAGGACCACACAAUAGUUCCGGAACAUUGCAGUGUUGAUGUUAGCGACAUGAAUGUUGUAGUCCUGUUGUUGAAAGAGCGUUGCAGCAGAGGUGUCUGGGAUUGCUUCUUUGCUGGUCCGUCUAAAGAUGAAUUACAGGAGUUUCUCUUCAUGACCGAGCCCAAUCUUCAGAGGGAGCUUGCAGAACUGGAGGCAGAAGCUGCCCUCCAGAAGCUCGACCAACAUGCUGCAGCACAGGACACUCCAGUGAUUCAAGUCACAGACAUGACGCAGAAACGCCUGCAGAUAGACAUCAAGAAAUCCGGGUCUACUGAGGAGGAUGUGGAUUAUAGGGAAACUGAAGAGGCCCCCUCCUCAGCUGAAAUCCAAGUUGUCCACGAGAAAGAACCGCCCAGCCUACACAGCAUCCUCAAACAUCGGUCCAUGUCAGAGUCGAGUGAGUGUGAUGGGUAUGGCAGCAGCAACAGCAGUGGCAGCCCCACUAGUCCUCGCGAUGAACACUUCGGCCUCAGGAGAUCCGUUUCCUUCAACGAUCGUGUGGAUAAAACAACCUUCAAACCAGGCACCGCCGUCACCUCCAUGACAUCUACAUUGAAGAAUAAAAGGAAGCGUAAUAGGAAACGUGAGGAGAAACGGCAGUCGAGGUUAAGAAAUAAUAGUGGCGGAUCGGAGGGAAGUAGUGGGGACGAUCUGGAUCACCGUGGUAGCACUGGAGAGUCCCAUAGCGAGAACGACGAGGAGGGCGAUGAAUCUAUAUCCCCGCCCAUAAGUGAAAAGCCAGAGGAGGAUUCGGAAGAAACUGCGACUACAUCCAACACCAAAAAUCAGGUAACGGAAAAAUCCUUAGCUCCACCCAUUAGUGCAAGGCUUGAGGAAAAACCCAACAGGGAAGCAAAAUUGGUCCAAAACAUCAAGGAAAAAUUGUCUAAAGGGGAGGAGAAAGGUGUUGAGGAGGAGGACAGUGACGAUGAUGGAGAAAACAAUGAACUUAAAGUCGAUUCUAGGACUAAAACAGAACAACAAAAAGUGGUGGAUGUGAUACAAAGCGAGGGUAUCAAUGAUAAUCAUGAGCGGACUAAAAGUGCAGACAACAAGGAAGUUCAGAGUGUAUGUGUUCAGAAGGAGAUGAGUGAGAGUGUGGUUAACAAUCAACAACAGAAGGCAGCAAAAGAGGGGGGACCAACGCAUCGGGCAGCUACUAGUCAAAAGGGCCGAGAGGACGUGUCCAUCACCUCCGGGGACUUGAUAAACAGGGAUGGUGUCCAGGACCUCCUGGGGCCCAACGAAGCUGUGAUAAAAGUUACCGGGGAGGAAAGGGGCAGUGGGGACGACUCCGGCGUGGAGAGCAACACAGAGGGAGGCAACGAGUCGAGUCCAGCCGAAGACAAUCACGUGGAAACCAUGCUUAGCUGGAAGGAUCAACCAUCCAGCGAAUAUGCCACAAAGUGCUCAUUUGCAUUCUCAAAUGCAGUUAUGUUUGAUCUUGAUGUCGACUAAAACACAGGGUCUGGUGUACUGUACGUGUAUUACUCACAGUAUCAAUUUUUGUGCAGUGUUAAUUUCCUGAUAAGGAGAUGCAAAAUUCUAAGGGCUACACAGUCUGAGGUACAUAGGGAUCAAUUAUUUGUACAAGUUUUAAAAAGCUAUGUAAUUCCUAUUUCCUGAUCUUUGUAUAUAUAUACUUUGUGUGUUGGAUGGUUGAGGUCAAAUAUGUAUGUGGAAAAAAUGACAAAUGAAAUUAAUUCUGGUCUCUUCACAUCAUCGUUGGCUAUACAAUUAAUUAUCUUAAGAUGUUUUCAUGCAACUACAGCUAGUUUAUGUGAGCCUUUUAUCUCGAAAAAUUGAUAUAAUGUACGUUGUGUCACAAUAACAUUCUGUCAAUAUUAUUUUUACCGAAAUUCAUUGCCUCUGUUCGGGGAAAAAUUUGUUUAUAACCUCAAUUUUCUUUAGUUUCUAAACUUGGGCUAACAGUAUGUUAUACAGCAAUAAAAAGUCGGAACAUACCUAAUGUAUUUUUUGCAGGCGGCUCAAAAUUAAUUACAUAUGGAUGGAUUAUAUAUAUUUAUAAAGUAAUACAGUGGUUCUGUAAAUGAAACUGUUUAUCAUUUAAAUGGAGUUUUGUAUGAGUAAUAAAAAUUAUAGAUAAUUGUCUUAGGUUUCCACUUUAAUAAAAAAACUACCGGUAAAUAAAUUUUUAACUCAAAAGUUAUUUUUUUUAUUAAAUUUUGUACAAUUUUUUCAAAAAUAUUUUUCUAUUACUUUUUUAUUAAACCAUAUAAAGGUAAGAAAAAAACAGUUAAUAAUUCUCUUUUGUUAAAAGCUUUAGAAAUGUUUAAAAUGAUGAAUUUGUAGUUUACAGUGAUUGCAGGGACAAAAAAAAAUGUGUCGUAUAAUUAUAAGUGAAGGUCGACGUCACAGAAAGAUUAAUUACUGGGAUAUUUUUCUACAUGAAUUUUAAUGGAAAUACAUCAAUAUCAAGGAUGAUUGCACAUUUCCCUUGGGGUAAAAUUGUAGAGGCUUUUGGUUAUAAUGUGGCCAUGGGUGUAUUCGGUGAUCAAAGAAUCAGAUUCUAUGAAAUGUUAACCUACAACUUAUACAAAACAUACAAUAUCCAGAUUUUUACUGCAAAGUCAUGUGGUAGGAAAAGAGGUUUUAAGUUGUAAAAUGUAAUUCUAGUAAGUUUAUAAGAUAAUUCAAAAAGAAAUUGAUCGUUUGAGAAGUUUUUCAAUGUUAUUUAGUCGUAAUCUAAAAAAUCCAACUAAGGUAUAUUAGAUAAUGGAUGUGAUGCCUAUUGUUCUUGGAUUUCUUUUCAAAAGAUAUACAUUAUAUUUGUUCUUUAAGACAAUGUCCUAUGGUGUCUCCACUUAUUGAGCCAGUUUAAAGAAACAUUUGUUAAAAUAUAAAUACCGUAGAUGUGUCGGCAUGCAUUCAAAAUGCAUUCAAAAUGCAUUGUCUCAUGUACAUGUGGUGCGCAUGCCUUGCUAUCAAAAUCACAAGCAACAUCAAUUAACCUAUAUACAAAAUGUAUGUUCCUUUUUCUGUAAUUUCCUGUUACAAUAUAAUAUACAUGUAUUUUCAGUUUAAGAAACUGUUGAACUUUUAAAUAUUUACUCAUUAAAUAGCUUUCAAAAUAAGGAUGUUUUGUAAUUAGGUGUCAAGUCGCCUAACAAAAAUCUUCUUUAAAUUAUCUCAGAUUAAAUCUUGAAAUAUUAUACGUAGCAAAUUGUGAUAUUACUUGUACAGUGAUGUACUGUUCCGUAAACCAGGAACCUUGUGAGUUUUGACUUGUAAGUCACAGUCAAGGGACUUAUUUAUUGGUGAUUUCCCAUUUUUAACAUUACAUGUAUUUGAAUAAUUUGAACGAUCUUCAAUUCAUUCACUGUUUAUAUAUGAAAAUGUAUAUGCAGAAAAUUGUGACAAACUUUAUUUUUUUUAUUGCCAUGGGUUUUUAGAUGUAAAAAACUGUUGGACAUUUCUCAUAAAAAUAAUAAUUUGUUCGGAUCCUGUGUUUCAUUAUUAAGCAGCCUUAAAAGUAUUCAUUGUAAAAUGAUAAGUUUGUUAUAUUUCUAGGAAAAUACACAACACUGGAAUCAGAAAAAAUGCUUGAUAUAUGUAUUGAAAAAAAAGGAAAUGUUUUAUUUAUAUUAAAAUCAAGAUCAUUUCAGGUUCAAAACAAUUUGUAUCUCUUAAAUACAUAAUGGGUAAACUACACUGGAUGUUGAAAUGAUUUAUGACAUAAUGAUAUUACAGUGUUAAUGGUGUCACUAUUGCAGUUGCAUUAUUGAAGUAACUGACAGAGAUUUCAUUAUAGUCUUUCAUGUACCGGCCUGGUAUAAUAUACCUGGAUAACAAUGGGAAAAGAAUUAUAUAUUUCAGACAGAUUUGUCAUGCUGUCUCCAUGUUUUAUUAUGUUGUCACAAAAAAAUGUUUUGAAACAGGGAACAUUUGACAGUUAGGUUUAUGAAAUAUUUACCUCGACUCAAAUGUAUCUAGAUGGAAAAUAUGUGCAUUGUUGGUUUGUUAGUAGAAGAGUUGUUUGAACACACAAUCAGUACAAACAGUUUGUUUUGCAGUAAAAUGUUGAUUUUUCAUUUCCAUGAACUAUGGGAGUUACUCCCCUUUAACUAUUCUCGCGUCACUUGACAAAAAAAGCUGAAAUGUGAUUCCAACAGCACAUCUCAACUGGGACUUUAUUUUGGAUAUAAUACCUGUUACCCAAUUUUGGUAAUAUUUUUCUAAAGUUAUGUUUCUGUUUUAGCAAUGUACAUUGUAAUUAUGUCCAUGUUUAAAUUUGAUUGUUGAGUUUAUAACGGAACUUGUAUAUCUUUUUUCUUUUGAAAAAAAAAAAAAAAAAACACAGAAUGAAGUUCUGUUGACACAGGUAGCACUGAUAACUUACAUGGCAUUUUUAUACAAUUUGAAUAUUUAUAUUGACUUUUUUUUUAAUUGUCAGUAUCUGAAAAUCAGAUCAAUGAAAUUGUUAUUAUUUUCCUACAGUGACAUGUUGAACUGUAAAAGCUAUUUUUGAAACUGUUAGUGACUUGAUGAGUAAAACUUGAACAUUA